CAUGAAAUGCCGGAUCCGAUGGUGACUUGUCAGAAGAAGUACGGAGCGCAAUUCUGUAGUGCAAUGAAGCUGGCCUGCUAUGAGAUCACCAAGGUAGCGAUCGUGAAGAAGCCGAGCGGUUCGGUCGUGAUACUGCCCAGAGUGGUCGCGGCGUGCAUUACUUCAGAGAGUUGGCUUGCCAGAUGCUAUGCACAGUACGGCUCAGAGCAGUGUAUUGAGUGGAGACAGACGUGUAGAGGCAAAGGGCUGAUGAUUAUGGACGGUGAUUUGACUGCUGAAGAGCAGGAGUGCAUGGAGAGUCUAUUGUUGGUGUUAUUUUGUGAUAUUUGUGGUGUUAUUUGGGGAGUAUUUUAA